AUGAUCAUUUCAAAGGCAACGGUUUUAACUAUACUUUGCUCGUUGAUUAUAAUCAGUAUUUGUGGACCAAUAUGUCAAGACACGAUACCAUUUUCAAUAAAAUUCUCCCAAUCACCUCUCAUCGUCUACGGCGAUAUCAUUGAAACGGCCACAGCUGUUUCGGUUAAUAAUCAUACCAAACCAUUCAAUAUAACGUUCGUUGUUCGAUGCACACUGAAAGGCAUUCCGCCAGCACAAGAAAACAUUAUUAUCGAGCACACAUUACCCGAUAAUCCACUUUGCUAUCGAGCACUAGUUCACGGUCGCACCUAUGUUUUUUUCCUGAAUCAAACAAGCACUACUCAUCAUUAUAAACAGAUGCCUUAUCACGAACUGUCUUUCAAUCAAGAUGCUACCGCCGAACUUCUCAAACGUACAUGUGGUAUUCAAACUCGUCCGUUUCACGAAAUCAUCAAAGAUGGCAGUAACGAAGUCGACUACCAAUGUCCUAUCGUAUCAAUUGGUUGUACCUAA